AUGGCUUCUUCCGCCAUCACGAUUCUUUACGCACUGAGUAUAUCAGCACCUCCUGUGUCCUCUUAUCCUGAUGAUGCGGGUAAGAAAGAGCAUCAUGUGCACGGGGGAUUCAAAAACCCCUGGGAUUCAUGGAGAACGAUUGGCUUUGGGGAUAUGUGGCGUUUAGCUAGCCGUCAGCUCAAUGGACACGCGAAUAAACCAGACACCACACCCCCUACAGUGCCUGUUCGCAAACCCGAGUUCUUACCAUCGCGGGAAACUUCGAAGCUUCGCGCAACGUGGUUAGGCCACGCUUGCUACUAUGUCGAAUUCCCAAGCGGACUCAGAGUACUAUUCGAUCCUGUAUUUGAGGAUCGAUGCUCGCCGGUGUCCUGGCUAGGGCCCAAGCGUUUCACAGAGAUGCCUUGCGAGGUCCGCGACCUUCCUGUCAUUGAUGCCGUGGUGAUCUCCCAUAACCAUUACGAUCAUUUGUCGUACCCCACCAUCAAGGAGAUCGCCAAAACCCAUCCCAAUUGCCACUUUUUUGCCCCGCUGGGAAACAAGCAAUGGUUUACCAGUUCUGGCAUACAUAAUAUUACAGAGUUGGAUUGGUGGGACCAGCGUGACAUCUCCCUUUCGCCAUCACACGAGUCGAAGGUUGAGGUCGGGAACAGCACUGGAAGUCCCCCAUCCAGCGCAACCGAUAUCGAAGCUCGCAUCAGUUGCCUACCUUGCCAACACACCAGCAACAGAGGGAUAUUUGACAGGUCCAAAACGCUAUGGGCUUCAUGGUCCAUUGAAUCCGGAGGUCAAAAUGUAUACUUCGCGGGAGACACCGGCUACAGAGCGGUACCGGAUCUUCCCAUCGGCACGGAUGACUACGCCCCGGAGUUCAAUUUCCCUUCCUGUCCCGCUUUCAAACAAGUAGGGGAGUUCCGGGGCCCGUUCGAUCUGGGACUGAUUCCUAUCGGCGCUUACGAUCCUCGGUGGUUUAUGAGCCCUAUGCAUGCAGACCCUCACGACGCGGUCAGAAUUUUCCAAGAUACCAAGUGCAGGAAAGCUUUGGGUAUGCAUUGGGGCACUUGGGUGUUGACGGAGGAGGAUGUGCUUGAGCCUCCGCAGAAGCUGAGAGAGGCAUUGAAGAGGCAUGAAAUUCCGGAAGAUGGUGUGUUUGAUGUCUGUGAUAUUGGUGAAAGCCGCGAGUUUGAAUAG